AUGACAGAUACAUCUCAACUCGUUGAUCCAAAACAAGAAUCUAUUUAUACAUUUCAUUUUCGCCAUUCUAAUAAACAUGUGGAUCUUACUGAAGAAGAACUCGAUCGUUUUCCUUAUUUGAUUGCUCUCGUCGCACAUAAAAAUGAUUUCUUAUCCAUUGAAAAUGAAAAUGGUGAAUAUGUAUUGAGUCAUCCUAUUGAAUAUCCUUGGUUUAUUUCUAUUCUUCGUUCAAUUAGGUCCGAACACCCAUAUAAAUUAUUUAACGAACUAUCUGAAGACAAUAAUGUGUUGGACACAUUUCAACUCUUUGAUUAUCUUGGUAUCAAUCCAUUUCCGUUACCUCUUCUAAAAUACGAAGAAUUAAUCCGAUCAAAUCCUACAAAUACUGACAAUGAUGAAAAACAUCUUGAAUAUCAUCAAGCAAAUCUGUCAGAAGCACGACAAACAGCUGCAGAGUUCAUCAUAGCUCUUACUAAAGAUGAAUAUGAUUUACAUAUGACAGGCAGCAGUAAUACUAAUACUAAUGUUCCUGGUGAAAUCGUGCCUGAUGGUGGUUGGGGAUGGGUUAUUGUUUUUUCAUCUUUUAUGAUUCAUUUUAUUAUGGAUGGAAUUACCUAUGCCAUGGCCGAAAUAUAUUUGGAACCAAUGUUGGAAAAAUUUCAACUUAAUCGAGGCUAUGUAUCAGCUAUCUUUUCAAUUUUGCCAGCCGUUACUUUAGGAGCAGGUCCAAUAGCAACAGUUUUCACCAAUAUGUAUGGAUGUCGAAUAGUUACCAUAGUCGGUGCUUGUCUAGCGUCAUUGGGAUUCUUUCUUAGUCGAUGGUGGGUGAAUAUUUAUUAUUACUACAUCACAAUUGGUAUAACUGGAGGUAUAUUCAUUAUAUUUUCAAUAAUUUUCACUGAAAUUUCACUUUAUUCAGGUAUUGGUUUUGGACUAAUUUAUGCACCCGCCCUUAUCUCUGUUGGAUAUUAUUUCGAACGAAAACGUUCAUUAGCUAUGGGUAUUGCUAUUCCUCUGCCACAAGAACACAGUGAACAACGGCGCGCCCAACUAAGAUUACGUAAAGAAGCAAAACAACAAGCAGCUAGAGUUGUAGAACAAGCUGCUAAUACCGAUCAUCAACAAACUAAACUGUUGACAAAUCGAGAAAGACUUGACAAUGUACCUAUACAGGAAGGGAAUGUGACUUUGUCAGUAUCAGAUAAUGUUGCUCAAAAUAAGCAAUCAGGUGUAUCUGAUAGUCAAUUUCAAAAAUUGCUUUCGGAACAUAAUGUUCCAUCUACUUUAUGCGAUGAUAGCGAUGCAAAAAGUGACAAAUUAUUAUCUCCAACUGCUCCAGUAACAAUACGAAAAGAUGCUAUGUAUCAAGGAAGUCUUGAUCAUAUACCUUUAUUCAAUGAUGAUAUUAAUGAAUAUCAUCGACAAAUAAUCACUACACUUGAUGGAACAAACCAACCAGCGCACACUACUGAUGAUGUUAAUUUGAAAAGUAUUCCCAAUCGAAGUCAUGUAAAAGUGAAAUCCUUUGUAAGUCAAGUUAAAGAUCAAUUCGAUUUGAAACUUCUUGCUGAUGCAGCAUUUGUACUAUUUACUAUAUCAAACUUUUUGACAAGUCUGGGUUUCAAUGUACCAUAUAAUUUUGCUCAUGAUCUUGCAAAAGAUGCAAAAGUUACGGAAAGUCAUAGAGAAUAUGUUAUCAUGUCUAUUGGUUUAUCGAAUGCUGUCGGUCGUAUCAUCAUUGGCUACUUAGGAGAUCGCAAAAAAAUCAAUCGUCUUUUCUUAUAUAACUCAACAUUAAUCAUGGCUGGAUUAGCUACAGUGAUUGCUCCAUAUUGUAAUUCUAAUGUAUUUACUCAUAUUAUUUAUGCUUCAAUUUUUGGUUUCUUCUCUGGCGGUUAUGUGGGUUUGACAACGAUCAUAAUUACAGAUUUAGUGGGAAUAGACAAAUUAUCAAGUGCAUUAGGUAUUGUUCUACUCUGUCAAGGUAUAGCAGUUGCGAUAGGCACUCCAAUCACUGGAGCAAUGCGUGAUGCAUUUGAAAAACAUUCUCGUCCAUUUCUUUGGCCUUAUUUUACUUUUGGUAGUUUCAUAGUUAUAAGUGGUGUCAUCCUAUUCGGUAUUCCUCUAUUGAAACGAAGACAACAAUGUCGUCAACAUUUAACUAGAAAUGAGUUGGACAUGGGUGUUGUAUCUUAUUCAGACGGAAAUUCCAUUUCUCAGGAACAGCAACAACAACAACUUUAA